AUGAGCACCAACAGCACCAACACCACCACUCCCGAGACUACGGAGGAGCCCGUGAAAAAAGCAGAAGAGCAGGUGACCACUAAGGAGGAGACCACCGCCAAUGCUACAAAUACGAUCGACGAUACCAAGGACCAGCAAAAGAAAGAUGCGUCUACCACGGAUGAAGAGACUGUGAGCGUCACCAACUCCAGCACCAGCAGUAACAUGACUGUUGUAGAAGGCGAGAAGAGCUCUGUUGUUGAAGUCACUGACACUGCCGAUGCGGCUGUUUCGGCCAAUGCUACUGUUGCCAAUGCCGCGGCUGCCAACACCACCACAAUCACCACCAGGGUGGAAGCGGAAGUGCAAGAAAAUACCGAGAAUGGACAAGACAAGGUUCUCGACACAGCUUCUACUAACCUGGGUGGAAAUGAAACAUCGAACAGCGACAAAGAGACUGUGACAAACACGACAAAAAAUAGUGACAACACCGAAAUUAGCAACAGUCCUGCCGAGGGGAAAGUCGUCCCGGACGGAGACAACACUGUCGAAACCAACAGCACUCUCGGAACCACCAACACAACUGAACCAGCAUCAGAAAGUGGCGUGGAGAAAGAAGCGGGAAAAACUGAUGAAGGAGAAGAGAAAAAAGAGGAACCCAACGAAAUCGAAACCAAUAAUCAAGGAGAGGAAAUAGUCGACAAAAAUCAAACUGAUGUGGGAGCAAAAGAGGAAUCCAACGAAAUUGAAACCAAGAAUCAAGGAGAGGAAAUAGUCAACAAAAAUCAAACUGAUGUGGGAGCAGAAACAACAGCAAAAGAGGAAUCCGGCGUAAUUGAAACCAAGAAUCAAGGAGAGGAAAUAGUCAACAAAAAUCAAACUGAUGUGGGAGCAGAAACAGCAGCAAAGGAGGAAUCCAACGAAAUUGAAACCAAGAAUCAAGGAGAAGAAAUAGUCGACAAAAACCAAACUGAUGUGGGAGCAGGCGGUGAGGAACUCGUAUCAGGAACAAAUGGUACCGAAGUGCAAACUGCUAAUGAAACUGCCAGUCCGGGAGAGACCAAGGAGGAAGAAAUUGAGAGUGGUGGUAGCGAGGGAGUUUCGGAAGAACAGAGUACGAAUGAAACUGGUGAGACCGAGGAGGAAGAACAAACUACGGAUGAAGAAGCGGCCAAUGAGGAAGACACUGAAGAGGAAGAAGUGGAGUCUGAUUUAGCCGAGGAGCAAACCAAAGAUGAAGAAACUGCCGACGAAGGCGAGGCGGAAGGAGACAUUGAGUCUGGAGGAACCGAGGAAGGGACUGAAGAGGAAACCACAGAUGAAGAAGCUGAGGGAGAAACCGAGGAGGGGACUGAAGAGGAAACUUCAGAUGAAGAAGAAGCUGAUGACGGAGAAACCGAGGAGGAUGAGCAAACUGCGGAUGAGGAAGCUGAAGUUGAGGGAGAAACCGAAGAGGAAGAACAAACUGAAGAAGUUGAGUCUGGUGGAACCGAAGUUUCGGAAGAACAAGCCACUGAUGAUGCUGCGGGAGAGGAAGAAAUUGAGUCUGGUGGAACUGAUGAAGCUGCCGAGGAGCAAGCCACAGAUGAUACUACUGGAGAGGAAGAAACUGAGGGUGCCACCGAUGAUGCUGCAGAAGAGGAAACCACUGAUGAUGCAGCUGGAGAGGAAACCACUGAGGGCGCCACAGAUGAUGCUGCUGGAGAGGAAGAAGCUGAGGGCGCCACUGACGAUGCCGCUGGCGAUGAAGAGACUGAGGGCGCCACGGAUGAUGCAGCUGGCGAUGAAGAAACCGAGGGCGCCACUGAUGAUGCAGCUGGCGAUGAAGAAACCGAGGGCACCACAGAUGAUACUGCUGGUGAGGAAGAAGAAACGGAGGGCGCCACUGAUGAUACAGCUGGAGAGGAAACCACAGAUGAUACUGCUGGUGGGGAGGAAGAAACGGAGGGCGGAGAAAUUGAGUCAGGAAAUGAUGAUGGUACGGAAGAAGAAACUACUGAUGAUGCAGCUGGAGAGGAGGAAGGCGGAGACGAAACGGAAGAGGGCGUCGGUGGAGGUGAACAAGAAGAGGAGGAAUUCCGCAAUGGCGACAACACUGCAGAACAACCAUUUGACGGUGGGUUCGGCGACAUGAAAAACCUCGAUACUAGCUCCGAAACGAAAGUCAAUGAACCCACUGAAUCCUACGUCCCUACCGGCAACACUCCGAGCAGCAGCGGCAGCAAUAACGAAGUUGGCGGCAGCAACAAAGACCAGUAUCAGAGUGGGAUGGAUGCUGAGUCAAGUAAUGCUCCAGUCAUUCUCAUUGCCGCCAUGUUGGGACUGGUGUUGAUCUUUUGGAUUCGGGGACGAAGCAACAGGAAUGGAAGGCACCGUAAGAAUGGAUACAGCCAGCUGCCACAUCACAACAGCCGCAACCCAUACCGCAGUCCCAGGAACUUUAGGUAG